AUGAAAGAAUUCCAUACUGAUGGAACUGCAGACGAGAACUUCAAAGCAGUUCGGGAAUCGUUCAGAGGAAAUUUCGUCGACGGUUGGGAGAAAGGCGGUGCAGCCUUUGCAGUUUAUCAUAAAGGAAGGCUAGUUGUGGACUUAUGGGGUGGAUAUGCCGAUAAGUCAUGCAAUCGACUAUGGAACGAGGGACACCAUGACUUUAGUGUGGCAGCGAUAUGUGUAGCGAUACUGGUUGAUAGAGGACUGUGCAGUUAUAACGACAAAGUCACACAGUAUUGGCCGGAAUUCGGACAAAAUGGGAAGGCUGACAUUACUAUCGAGAUGAUACUUGCCCACAAGGCUGGUCUUCCGUAUUUCGAAGAGACGUUGAGCUUGCCUGAUUUGACUAACCCUCUUCGAAUGGCCAACCAUUAUCGAACAGUGCAAGCGCCAAAGUAUCCACCAGGCAGUAAAACCGCUUAUCAUCCCUUAACAUACGGAUGGCUCAUAGAUCAGAAAGAAGGAAAGAGCAGGUGCUAA